CCGCCCUCACCGGAGGGAAGUCCCCGGGUAGGGGCGGUACUGACUCAGCCCCGGAGGUUAGUCGGGUUUCCACACCUUCUGUGGGUCGGAUAGCGGAGCCGCAGCCAAGAUGUUUCUGGAACCCCAGGAAGCUAUGCCCCAGACAUCUGUGGUCUUCUCCGGCAUCCUUGGGCCCAACUGUAACAGACAGGUGCAGCCCAGCAUGGGGGAAAGAGGAGGUGGGGCCAGCAGUGGCUCCAGGGACCUCAUUUUCCAAGAUGGACGCCUCACUUCUGGGUCCUUGGAGGCCUUGAUGGAGCACCUCGUCCCAACGGUGGACUACUAUCCUGAUAGGACAUACAUCUUCACGUUUCUCCUGAGUUCCCGGGUCUUCAUGCCCCCUCACGACCUUCUGGCUCGAGUAGGACAGAUCUGCCUGGAGCAGAGGCAACAGCUAGAGGCUGGGCCUGAGAAGGCCAAGCUAAAGUCCUUCUCUACCAAGAUUGUGCAACUGUUGAAGGAGUGGACGGAGGCCUUCCCUUAUGACUUCCAGGAUGAAAAGGCCAUGGCUGAGCUGAAGGCCAUCGCACACCGUGUCACUCGGUGUGAUGAGGAGAACGGCACAGUGAAGAAGGCCAUUGCCCAAAUGAUACAAAGCUUGCUGCUGUCCCUGGCUGCCCGGAGUCAGCUCCAGGAGCUUCGGGAGAAGCUCCGGUCACCUGUUGUGGACAAAGGGCCUGUCCUUAAGGCCAAGCCACCGGCCGCCCAGAAAGACAUCCUGGGUGUGUGCAGUGACCCCCUGGUGUUGGCCCAGCAGCUGACUCACAUCGAACUGGAGAGGGUCAACAGCAUCCGCCCUGAGGACCUGAUGCAGAUCAUCAGCCACAUGGACUCCUUGGACAACCACAGGUGCCGAGGAGACAUGACCAAGACGUACAGUCUAGAAGCCUAUGACAACUGGUUCAACUGCUUGAGCAUGCUCGUGGCUACAGAGGUGUGCCGGGUGGUAAAGAAGAAACACCGGACCCGCAUGCUGGAGUUCUUCAUUGACGUGGCCCGAGAGUGUUUUAAUAUCGGGAACUUCAACUCCAUGAUGGCCAUCAUAUCUGGCAUGAACCUCAGUCCAGUGGCACGGCUGAAGAAAACGUGGUCCAAAGUCAAGACAGCCAAAUUUGACGUCUUGGAGCAUCACAUGGACCCCUCCAGCAACUUCUGCAACUACCGCACAGCCCUGCAGGGGGCAACACAGAGGUCUCAGACAGCCAACAGCAGUCAUGAGAAGAUUGUUAUCCCAGUGUUCAACCUCUUCGUUAAGGACAUCUACUUCCUGCACAAAAUCCACACCAACCACCUGCCGGACGGGCACAUUAACUUCAAAAAAUUUUGGGAAAUUUCCAGACAGAUCCAUGAGUUCAUGACAUGGACACAGGUAGAGUGUCCCUUCGAGAAGGACAAGAAGAUUCAGAGUUACCUGCUCACGGCACCCAUCUACAGCGAGGAAGCUCUCUUCAUCGCCUCCUUUGAAAGUGAAGGUCCUGAGAACCAUAUGGAGAAGGACAGCUGGAAGGCACUCAGGACCACUCUCCUUAACAGAGCCUGAGGAUGCUGCCUGCAGAUGCUGCCUGUGGAAGCAUAAAAUACGAAUCAAGUUUAAAUCGUGAUAGAUGUGGGAUGAGAAAGGAGGAGGCCUCACUGGCUGGGGUCCAUUUUGUACAUAACUUUUAUGAAAAAGAAAAUGGUAAUUAUUUCAUGCAUCAGCCUUUGGCACUUACAAAGUUUUUUUUUUUUUUCUUUUUUCUUUUUGGUUGUUGUUAUUUAUUUUAAACAGGGCAGGGCCCUGUUUUGGGGAGGGGCGGGAAAGAGUAUCAUGGGAGAUGGUAACCAUGGUAACAUCUUAUUCUAAUGAAAUGUAGAUUUUUAUUUUCUACUUUUGAUGAUUAACAUCCUAUGAAAAAAAAUUUAAAGUAACCCAACCAAAACAAAUGUGAGCCCUGCCUGCUCGGACGCCUCUCCAGCCAGUGUCUCUGAUGUUGGGGUUAGUGCCUUAGAGGGUACUGGGGGUCCAGUCUUCCUGCUCCAUUGUUGGAGCUGAAGCCAACUCUGUCCUGUGCCGCAAGGAGCCCACCCUCAGCAGCCUGGGCCACCAGUUUCCCACAGGAAGUGCUGGAGUAGCCAGGGGGUCUCGAAUGCACACUUCUGGAAGGGGACCUUUAAUACUACGGGCUUUCCAAAGUUUACAUUUUCAUUUUCCUUUGAUCAGGGAUUUAUGGGGUUGGGAGGGGCAAGGGGGAUGCCUGACAGCAUAUUUUCUGUGAGAAUAUGUUUGGCAAAUUGUUCUUCAAUUGUGUUUUAGAAGAGAGAGAGA